UUAACAAGCGAAGUGAAGCGACGAAGAAGGAACUUUUGGUUGUCACUUCUUCCUCUUCUUCUUCUUCAUCUCCUUCUCCUUCAUAUUUGCAAGGAUGGAAAGUAUCGGUGUUGCGUUGAUGUACCCCUUUUCGUCAUACUUGGAAGAAGAGCUCGACAAGCUAUUCAAGCUCUUCAAAUGCUGGAAAUCCCCCAACCAAAAGGAAUUUCUGAAAGAGAAUUCAAAUUCUAUUAGAGCUCUUGCUGGUAACGCUACGGUCAGUGCCGAAGUGGAGACCAUUAAUAUCUUGCUGAAAUUGAAGAUCGUCUCAAAUCGCGGUGUUGGCAUGGAUAAAGUUGAUUUGGUCAAGUGUAAGGAGAAGGGUAUUAGGGUUACCAACACUCCUGAUGUGCUCACCGACGAUGUCGCUGAUUUAGCUAUUGGAUUGAUUAUAGGGAUGUUGAGGAAGAUUUGCGAGUCUGAUCGUUAUGUGAAUGGGUUAUGGGUCAAAGGGGAUUACAAAUUAACUACGAAGUUCAGUGGCAAAUCAGUUGGCAUUUUGGGGCUGGGCAGGAUUGGUUUUCCAAUUGCAAAAAGAGCUGACGCAUUUGCUUGCCCGAUCAGUUACUACUCCAGAUCAGAGAGGCCAAAUACCAAUUACAAGUACUAUCCGAGUGUUUUGGAACUUGCCAAGAACUGUCAAAUAAUUGUAAUUGCAUGCCCUUUGACAAAAGAAACAUACCACAUUGUCAACCGUGAAGUGAUUGAAGCUGUGGUUCCAAAGGGCAUUAUUGUGAACAUUGGGUGUGGCCCUCACAUCGAUGAACCAGAGCUUGUGUCAACACUGAUCGAAGGCCAGUUGGGUGGGGCUGGGCUUGAUGUAUUUGAAAAUGAGCCACAUGGUAUCAGAGUAAGCAGGGAUCACGGUGUCGAAUCCCCCUAG